AUGCAACGAUCUCUUUGGAUAUUAAUAACAUUAGGAACAAUAUUUUAUAUUGCUCCUGAGUUUUUUAUAAGUUUAGGCAUUGUAAUAUUUGAGCUGUUUCUAAUUCUGGAAGAAUGUUUAUAUGAUAUUAUUUAUGCAUUUGUUGAGCCGCGGGCGGAAAUUACAUCUUAUGAUUACAUUAUUGUCGGCGCGGGAACUGCCGGUAGUUUAAUUGCAGCUAAUUUAUCAAGAUAUUUGAAUUGCACUGUUCUUGUACUAGAAGCAGGACCAUACCCAUCUAUAUUUCAUAAUGUACCUGCUUUGACGCCAUUGUUCCAUGGGUCACAAUACGAUUGGCAAUUUAAAACUGAACCACAAUUGAAAUCUUGCGGAAUAAUGGAAAAUAAUCAGUGUAAAUAUCCAGUUGGAAAAGGUUUUGGUGGAUCAAGUUUGAUUAACAAUAUGAUAUGGCAUCGUGGAAUAGAUGUAGAUUACCAUGGAUGGUUUAGUAAUUCAACUGAAUAUAAUUAUAAAAAAGAAAUAGAACCUUUGUUUUUUAAUUUAGAAUUGGAACUCAAACCCCAACCAUUAAGAUACGUUACAAAGUUAGGUAGACUAUUGGCAAAUUUAAGUAAUUCGAUGGAGAUAAAUUUUUUUCAACCUUAUGUCCUUCAAAAAACAGGGAAAAGAUAUACUACAUACACUUAUGCUAAGGAAAAAUCUAAUUUCAAUACAAAAUUCAUUGCUAAAGCAAUGGUUCAAAAAUUAAAUUUCGACAUAAAUAAUAAUAACCUUCGGGUAAGUGGAAUAGAAUUUGAAAAAAAUAAAAAAAAAUACAAGGUAGCGGCAAGAAAAGCAGUAAUAUUAAGUGCUGGAACAAUCGGAUCACCCAUAAUUUUGCUUAAAUCUGGCAUAGGUUCAUGUAGAGAACUAAAAGAGCUUAAUAUAAAAUGCUUAAAAGACUUACCAUCGGUUGGAAAAAAUUUGCAAGAUCAUGUUGCUACUGGAAUGAGUUUAUUUCAGUUUAAUGAAUCAUUAAACAUGAAUGUUAUAAGCCUGUUAAAGCCACAAAGCAUUUAUCAUUUUAUACAUCCUUUUAAUUCAGGCAAUGGACCCCUUACAACAACAGGAUGUGAACUUUUAGGUUUUUCUGAUGAUAAAAAAAUAGGAUAUAUGUUUAUGCCAGUUGAUGUUACUUCAGACAACGGGGUAAAAUUAAGACAUGCUAUGAAUAUUAGAGAUUCAGUAUGGAAUAAUUACUUUAAAAAAUUAUCAAAUAUUCAAACAGUUUCGAUUAUUCCUAUUUUACUCCAUCCAAAAAGUAAGGGCUGGGUAAAAUUAAGUAAAAUAAAUUCAAAAUAUGUACCUUCAAUAGAUCCUCAAUAUUUAACGGAAGAAACAGAUUUUAUAGAUUUACUUAACGGACUUCAAUUAAUGCGGAAAUCAAUCUUGGAAAUUCAAAAGGCAAAUGUAAAUUUAAAAUAUAUUGAAGAAAAAUUUCCUGGUUGCCAAAACCACACAAAUGAAGAUACUUAUUGGAAAUGUUAUUUAAAACAAAUGAGUUUUGGUAUUUAUCAUCCUAUUGGAACAUGUAAAAUGGGGUACGAUAGUUCAAGUGUUGUUGAUUAUGAUUUUAAAGUAAAUAAUAUAGAAGGACUUUUCAUAGUUGAUGCUUCAAUAAUGCCGAAUCUACCCAGUGGAAAUCCAAAUGCUGCCGUAGCCUUGUUAGCCCAAAAAUUUUUGAAUAUUCAUACAAAAAAUUUUACAUUAGAUAAAAAGUCAUCACAUUAAUAUUGGGUUGCUAUAUUACAUUCAGACUGAGUAUAUAAAAAAUUAAAAGAUAUAUAUACAUAUUUUAUUUUU